GGCACAGAAGCAGGUUUCCCGUUGUCUCGUCGUUCUCUAUAAUUUUCCAGUCAAAGUCAGUCUUUUCCGUCUCGAUCUUCUUCUUCGUUCCCAUUCUUGAUUCUUGCAGCCGAUUUCAGUCGAUGUAUCAAAGUGCUUUAGGUUGUGGUGGUUUCGAGAGAUAAUUAGUUCGAACUCUCACGAGCUGAAUUUCGCGAUGAACGGCGGUGGUUCUCCGGGGCAGCUUGUUGCCUCCGAGGUUCAUGGUUUCCGCACAUGGCAAGAAUUGGAUGUUAAGAAUCUUUUGGAGGAAGCUGGUUCGAGAUGGCUCCGACCAAAUGAAAUUCAUGCAAUACUUUGUAAUUGUAACAACGAGUAUUUUCCUGUCAAUGUCAAGCCGGUGCACUUGCCAAAAAGUGGUACAAUUGUAUUGUUUGACCGAAAAAUGCUGAGGAACUUUCGAAAAGAUGGCCAUAACUGGAAAAAGAAAAAGGAUGGGAAGACGGUUAAAGAAGCUCAUGAACACCUAAAAGUUGGUAAUGAAGAAAGGAUUCAUGUAUACUAUGCACAUGGCCAAGAUAAUCCAACCUUUGUUCGCAGGUGUUAUUGGCUGCUUGACAAGAACCUGGAGCAUAUAGUUCUUGUUCAUUAUCGUGAAACGCAAGAGUUGCAGCUUGCUCCAGCCACCCCUGUGAACUCAAAUUCUAGUUCAGUCUCUGACCAGUCUCCUUCACGGUUUGCAGCAGAAGAGUUUGAUUCUGGGGCAGGGACUGCAACUUAUGCAGAACCUGGUGACAGUGUGACGGUCAAAAACCAUGAAAGGAGGCUUCGUGACCUUAAUACACUUGAAUGGGAUGAGCUUCUGGUGACAAAUAGUACCAAUGAGACAAUGGCACCUAAAGGAGACCAGAAUUCAGGCUUCAGUCUACAAAAUCAGUUUGCAGUCAAUGGCUCCUCAAGUGAUCAAUUUGGUAGCACUCUUCAGGCCUUCAAUGUAUCAGACCAACAUACAGAUUUUAUAAACUUAACUGAGCACAUUACAAAGAGUGGCAAUGAUUAUCUUGAUAUUCCAGAUGGUGUUUUUAAUCAGACUAUGGGUUGUGAAGUACAUACAGACAUUACGACAAAAGAUUCUGGUGCAGUUGGGACUGUUGAUUCUAUAGACGUUUUGGUCCAUGAUAGAUUACAAAGUCAGGACAGUCUUGGAAAUUGGAUGAACUACCUUAUGACUGAAUCCCCUAUCUCAAUAGAUGACCACGUGGUAGACUCCUCAGUUUCAUCUGACAAUCAUUCGGUUGCCUCUUCCACGGCUGACUAUCAACAAUCUAAUGUGCCGGAGCAGAUAUUUACUGUUACUGAUAUCUCACCUGCAUGGGCCUAUUCAGCUCAAAAGACCAAGAUUCUAAUCACUGGGUUCUUUCAUCCAGAUUAUCAAAAUCAUGGAAAUUCUGAGUCUAAUUUGUAUUGUGUAUGCGGUGAUGUGUCUGUUCGUGCAGAAAUUGUUCAAGUUGGGGUUUAUCGCUGUUUUGUAUCACAAAAUUCUCCUGGAUUGGUAAACCUUUAUAUGAGCUUUGAUGGCCAUAAACCAAUUAGUCAAGUUCUUAAUUUUGAGUAUUGCACCCCUUUAUUUCACAACCCAAUAUGUCCUCCAGAAGAUCAGUCCAAGUGGGAAGAGUUCCAAUUACAGCUGAGGCUUGCACAUUUGCUCUUCUCUACAUCAAGGAGCCUUAAUAUUGUAUCCAGUAAAGUUUCAUCAAACAUCGUGAAGGAGGCUAAGAAGUUUGCUCAGAAGACCACUUACAUAUCUAAUAAUUGGGCAUUUCUUAUCAAGUCAAUUGAAGACAGCCGACCUUCAUUUACACAAGCAAAAGAUGGUCUGUUUGAGGUUGUUUUGAAGAACAAACUCAAGGAGUGGCUCUUGGAAAGAAUAGCUGAAGGCUGCAAAACCACUGAAUAUGAUGUUCAAGGUCUAGGAGUUAUUCACUUGUGUGCUAUACUUGGAUAUACAUGGGCUAUUCCUUUAUUUUCAUGGUCAGGCCUAUCAGUGGAUUUUCGUGAUAAACAUGGAUGGACAGCUCUUCACUGGGCAGCAUAUUAUGGAAGGGAAAAAAUGGUUGCAGUUCUUUUAUCUGCUGGGGCAAAGCCAAACUAUGUGACAGAUCCCACCUCAAAAAACCCUGGUGGUUUAACUGCUGCUGAUCUUGCAUCAAGGAAGGGUUAUGACGGGUUAGCUGCAUAUCUUUCAGAGCAGGCUUUAGUUAAACAGUUUGAGGAGAUGGCCAUUGCAGGAAAUGUGAGUGGAACAUUGCAAACCAGCUCAGUUGAUGUAAGAAGCUCUGGCAACAUUACUGAAGAGGGAUUGUACUUGAAGGACACUUUGGCAGCUUACUGCACAGCUGCUGAUGCAGCUGCACGUAUACAGCUUGCGUUCAGGGAGCACUCUCUGAAAAUACGGACUAAAGCUGUUCAGUCUUCCAAUCCAGAGGAUGAAGCACGUAACAUAGUUGCAGCAAUGAAAAUUCAACAUGCCUUUCGCAACCAUGCAACAAGAAAAAAAAUGGUUGCUGCUGCCCGAAUUCAAUACAGGUUUCGUAGUUGGAAAAUGCGUAGGGAGUUCCUUAAUGUGCGUCGCCAUGUUAUCAAAAUCCAGGCCACUUUUCGGGGCUUCCAAGUGCGGAAGCAAUACCGUAAGAUUCUCUGGUCUGUUGGUGUGCUUGAGAAAGUAAUUCUACGAUGGCGUUUGAAGAGAAAAGGCUUUCGGGGGCUUUGUGUUAACGUAGUUGAACCAGCAGCAGAUCAAAGGCAGGAAGAAAGCGACUCAGAGGAGGACUUUUACAGAACCAGCCGGAAACAAGCUGAAGAACGUGUCGACAGAGCAGUUGUACGGGUCCAUGCUAUGAUCGGCUCAAAGAAAACACAAGAGGAAUACCAGAGGAUGAAAUUAACCCAUAAUCAAGCAACGUUGGAAUAUGAAGAGUUCCACAAUUCUGAUGCCGACAUUGACAUGGAUACUCGAAGAAACUGAAGUCCAUCGUUUCCAGGUUCAACUAAUGAGUAUAAGAAUGAUCCGUGAAAGCUGCAUUUUUUUUGUUUGGUAAACGCCUAGAUUGGCAUGGAUGUAAAUUUCUGGACCCUUUCAUACUGUUUUAUGAAUUUGAGAGGGUUCAAAGGUUUGUGCAUCAUCUAGGUUGCACUUGUAUCAGGCGUCAGAUAUAGUUUCACUCAACAUUGCUGUGACAACUCUCUACCCCUGCAUUGUUAGUGAAGAACCUCCUUUCCAAUUAUCCUCUUUUAGUCAAGAGAUUAGCUAAGUUUGUACUAAGUAAUAAAAAAACUUUGAUUGGAAGUUAGUAUUGGAGGUUCAAAUCUUUGUAAUGUGAAGCAGUUAACUCUUUAAAACAAGUUGAGUAAGAUCUUUUAAC